UUUAAACCUCAUUUUACUUCCUACAUCUCGGAUUUAAGAUGAAGUUAUGAAAUCAUGUUUGUCUUGUUUAUCUAUAGGACUUUACAAACAUAAUGUGGCUUUAUCAGAUGACCCUUCGACUGAUAUUGUUCUUGAUUACCGUCAACUUUACUUGGACGAGGACGGCGACUUUGAUAAAUUUAGGACAAGGAAGAUGCGGGGAGGAAACUGAACUCGUGUGUUCCGGGACUGGCACGUUUACUUGGAACAUAAGAAAAGAUAGCAUCAUAGUAGCAGAUCCAGCCCAAUUGCACGACGAUAUUAAAUACUCAGUGUCAGUGACGUCAACGUCAGUCACUCUGACUAUCCACAACACUGACGUCAGUGACCUGGGAGAGUACUCCUGUGAGGUGGCCUAUGAUGGGAGGAGUGAACAUAAACAGUUGCAGUUUGAAUGUCAGGCAAACGCGACGCUAGCCAGUGUGACUUCCGGGAAAAGACUUCAGCUUACUGUUGACAAAUUGUUUCCUGCCAGUGUAUCUGCCGUCCUGUCUGUGAAUGCCAUGGUAAGGGGAGGCGGAGCUAGUUCAGUCCCAUCACAAGUUAGCAGAUUCUGUAAGAAUAGCAACACAUAUAGGAACUAUACUAUCUGCAAAUGGACAUCCUCCUCAUUACCAGACGGCCAGUACACAUACAGCAUUGUUGUGUCGACACCAACUAGCACUACACGUACUGGAACGUUUGAAAUGUACACCCCAGGCGCUCCACAACUCGCCAACAGCAUCACUGAGGAAUCUAAAUUAAUCUUACGGGUAGAUGAAGGCAAACCAGCAACAGUUUCGUGUACCUCCUCUGGUGGAUACCCCGUACAAACGGUUUUGUUGUAUCUGGACAAUAGCCUACAGGCCUCAUCUAACACAGGCGCCCUUCAAAAUGGAUUAUAUACCGUAAAUGUUUCAUAUACAAUUCUGUCUUCCCGUUCUCAGGAUUUGAAGAAGAUUUGCUGCAACUCUUCAUAUCCAGACGCAGACGACGGCUUAAAAGGACAGGGCGGUACCUGUGCUACUCUUCAGCUGUUUCUGCCGCCGUCGCAAGUGUCUGCUUCUCAGGAUGGCGAUGUAGUGUCGGGUAACUCCAUACGUGUACACUGCACGGCCACGGGUAGUAGGCCAGCGGCAGGACUCAGUUGGGCGUACAUGGGAACGACCAGCACCCCGCAAGUAUCGACCAGCGUAGAUGGCACCACGUAUUUAUAUACCGCGGUAUCGAACUACACAGGAACAGUUACAGCCGCUGACAACGGACAGACGAUAACGUGCCUAGCCGCACAUAGACUGUUACCUCAACCGCUAAUGGCUAAUACCACCUUAAAUUUACUAUUUGAACCCUCGGGCAUCAGUUUGACUGGUAAUACUGACGGGUUCCAGGCUACAGGAAAUAACCGUCUCGCAAUGUCAUGUACGACGGGUUCUGCCAACCCACCGUCGAUAAUCACGUGGCAUAACGGAACAGCUUCGGACCAAGUGAUAUCUAACAAUCACCCAUACGUAAACACCACGGGGCAGUACAACGGUGUUGUAAGACAACAGAAGUUAUGGAUGUAUCCCACCCGUUACAAUGACGGACAGUCUGUCACGUGUUCAGCCACCAACAAUAUUGGCAGUGUUAAGUCCACAACUGUUAGUCUAAAUUUACAUUACAGCCCCAUUCUUUCAUUCAUGACUGACCGUACCAUACAAGAAGGAGACAAGAAUGUUGCUUUGAAAUGUCAGGCAUGGAGCAAGCCUGCCGCAACAUUUCGUUGGUACAAGGGCGGAAGCUCAGUCGUUCUCCACCAGGUCAACGGGACUAGUGAUGACAACUCGGGCACUUACGUUAUCAGAUUGGUUUCUAGGCAAGAUACUGGUCGUUAUGAGUGUCGUGCAGAGAACGGAGUGGGAAGCGCUGAUUCAAAAUACGUCAAUCUGAUUGUCGAAUUUCCAGCACUGACAACAACCAUCACGGGAGCAACAGGCAUAUAUGCAAAUGGUGUAAACAAGGUGACACUGACAUGUUCAACUGGGUCCUCCAACCCAGCAUCCAUCAUCAAUUGGUUCCGUAAUAAUCAAACGAUCACCAGUAACGAGUCUCUCGUGAAUAUGUCGGGGGAGUAUGGCGGGAAAUUGACGUCACAGGUUAUUAAAUUUGUUCCCACGCAUAAAAUGGACGGUCAUGUGAUGGAAUGUAGGGCAGGAAACGGGUUACAAAGCUCAACUGCCGAGUGGGCUCGUGAGAAACUAGACCUGAAAUACAACCCAAUCGUCUCUGUGAACAUUGCACCAGUCGAGAUAGAUGAGACACAAUCAGGUUCUUUAUCUUGCACAGUCGAUAGUAAACCUUUGUCUACAAUCACAUGGUCAAGAUUCGACAGUGGGAACACCGUACCUACAAAUAGGUUGGUUAAGGGAAGCAACUCUCUAGGGUAUAUGAUUACUGAUGCACAGAGGGAGGAUGCCGGGGAUUAUCGAUGUACAGCAUACAACGGCUAUGGCGGCAACAAGUUCAACAACACCCAAGUCGUCAUCAGAUAUUCACCAGAUGUGGGGGUCGUUACACAGAAUACCACUGUCAAUGCCCCGUCAGUCGUGAUACGUUGUAACCCAAGCGGUGUCCCAGCCACCUACACGUACACUUCCUGGAAGCAGGUGUGGCCGGGAUACGGAGUGGUCAGGACAUUCUCGGGUUCAGACGUUCUCACAUUGACAAGUCUUACAUACAAGGAUAACGGAGUCUACACGUGUGAAGUAGAGAACGGUGCUCGGUACAGCAGGAACCCGAGUGCAGGACAAGGACAGGCCCUUCUUAACAUAUUGUCAUACCCUGUUAUUAUGACAGUUGAAACAACAAUGACGGUUGCUGUUCAGAUUGGAAAUGUGUCAGAGUUCUCGGUCGACUUCUUCUCCAAUACACAGGAUAUAAAAGUUUAUAUUGUAAAGGAAAACAGUGAAUCAAAGUCAAACAUUGCAUCAACAUCAAUAUUGCCUAAACGUUUAACAUACCGAGUUUUCGAUCACAACAUUGAAGUUGGUGGCUUUGUUGUGCGGACAAUGCUGACUGUAAAGAAGGAGGAAGAGCUCGGUUCAUACAAACUUACCAUCGAAAAUAAUAUUGGAAGUCAGAAUCUGACUGUAAUUCUUAAACCAAAAGGUCCACCAUUCGCCCCAACCAUCAUUUCCAUGACCAAUAUACAACAAACAUCAGCUGUGUUGACGUGGACUCGGGGAUUUCACGGCGGGUUCAGUCAGACUGUGUAUGUCGAAAUCAGUGUCGACAGACAACGUUGGGAUGUUAAGUUUGAAACGUAUGAAGGGAAACUUGAAAACAAAACUAAAGUGAAUACGAUCUUACAACAACUGCAGCCUGGAACCUUAUACUUUAUACGAAUGUUUGCCGAAAACGAAAUGGGGAAAAGCGGUUGGACCAGAACAUUUAACAUCACAACAACAAUGACGGUGUAUACAGCGAGUCCUGUCCCAGUCGUUGGUGGAGUGAUUGGCGGUUGUCUUGGAGCGAUCGUAGUUAUAGCUGUCAUCGUUGUCAUUUUCCAACGGAAUUACACAUUCAACAUAUCCAAGAAAAGAGAGGCUCCUGCUGGACCAUUCAUAACCGAAUCUGAAAAUCCUGGAUAUGACGCUGGCAGGCCUUAUGAAGAUGUGUCCAUGACAACAGCUACUUCGGACUAUGCUGCUCUUGGAAAUGUUGACACGGGACCCGAAAACGUUCAUGUGUACUCGUCUUUAGAUACGUCUAAUCGGAAGCCUCAUCCAGUUUACGAGAACUUCGAAAAGAGAACAAAUGAGGACCUUGUUUGCAACAACGCGGUGCAGAAGAGCCCAGUAGAGACAGUGCUUAAUUAAAUUGUGCAUACUGCUCCAGUUCAUAUGGCCUAUAAAACAUUCGCCUCAUAUGUUAAUGCUAGUAUUCCAUAUAUAUAUAUACUUAGAUGUGUGUUCACCCUUUUAGUUAUGUCAUACUUGUUUUAACAUCUGAAAUAGAAAUAAAAAGACAAGGAUGUAAUAUAAUAAUUCAAAUUAUAGAUGAUGUUUUGUUUAAGAUGGUAUCAUUAUUGAUAUAACUAAAAUUUAAUACACUAGUAUGUAUAAAAUUCCCUAUAUUUAUGAAAUGUUUUGUGAGUUAUGUUCCUGUGGUGUGACCCGAACCACGCAUACCAUAAAUGUACGGGGACAAUAAAAGGUAACACACUAAAAAAAAAAAAAUAUAUAUAAAAAAUAUAUACUGACAACGAUUUUACAUCAGACAACAUUUAUAAGAAUGCGAUGC